CCUACUCGUGCAGUAGGUACAUUAAAAAAACUGUAUCACUGUGCCGACAUUCCACAAUUUUAUUAUUGAUUGUUAUUUCUCGUUAAAAACUCUUAUCAAUUUUCUGGAUAUUAAUAAUAUUAAUAAAAUCGUGUUAAUUGUUCGACACAUCGUCGUUUGCGUAGUUGCCAUGUAAUGGGGUUUAUUAUAUCGAGGCAUUGUUAAAAGUAGUGUAACGUGAUUAUUAAAUUAUUGAACACAUAAUUAAAAAUUAAUGUUUAUCAACAAAUUUUAAUUGCAAAAUGCAAUCAAAACUACGUUUUUGUUGGAUACGUAAGCAAUUUCAAUUGGUAACCUUCGCAGGAGCGUAUUGUUGUUAAAUGAAAAGUUUCCUGUUGAAGUUUUUUAAAUAAAUCUAACAGUAUACUUGGCAACCGGAGGACUCUAUAAUUUUUGGGUAGUUUAUUACUAGUGCAGACAGGCAAGUCGAUUUAAACUUAAGGGUGCAGUGUCUGUGUCAGUAUCUUCGUGACUGGACUUGGUUCUUAGUGCUGCUGGUGAGCAAGAAGAUGUUUGUAUUACUUAUAAUAUCUGUUUUGGGGAGAGUGUUAGCCGAUCCCAAUGUGGACAUCACAACAGAAACGGUCGCAUCUCAAAUCGACUCAACCGUUUCAUCGGGCUUUUCCAACUUUACUGAGGGAAUAACAUCUACAAAUGAUGGACAGACACAACGGAGUGGCCUGGACGGCAACUUAUCGCUCGCGAAUACAUCCCAGGAUAGCGUGGAAUACCCAAACGAUAAUCCUUUCGGCAAGAACGAAACAACUGAACAAAAUACACCCGAAGUGUAUCAAAACGAUGAAAAAGCAGAACUCAACAAUGACGAUGAGCUUCAUAAAUCAACUGAUGGUACCACCACAACAGAAGAGGAAGGUGAACACAUAGACUGGCUCGAUAACGGAAACGACGAAUUUACGACUGAUUCUGAACUACCAGGUGAAAAUUUCAAUGAUACAGUAGAUGGCACAUUCAAUGGCUCGGAUAAUGAAACCGCUGAAGGCGUUUUCGACAAUAGUGAUAAUACAGACGGUCCAUUUGAUGGCAUAGACGAGAGUUUAUUCAAUACCUCAAACAACGAGACAGCAGACGACAUAUUCAACAAUUCACAUACUGCGACAGCUGAAGAUGUAUUUAAUAAGCUGAAUCAUGACAUCUUCAACGACACCUUUAACAUUCCAACUAACGAAACUUCUUCACCGUCAAGCACAAAUCUAUCAGGAAUUUUGCAAGCGUGGCUCUCCGAACGGGCGAAUGUAACGAGCGAACCGUAUCCAAUGCCUGUCACCAAACCGUACUUGGGACCCAUCGGAGACGGGUCCUUAUUUUUAGGUGCGCUGACCAACGGCCAAGGAGACGUAUGCAUCUCGCUCAACAUCUCCAUGCAACCCGUCUUGAACGGCACACCUCUUCAACUUUCGCACUCCCAUGGAAGUACAGAGAGUUACGCAAUGAAUAACGGAAGCAUUGCGUUCCACGCAACCGAUAACGAUAAAGCCUACAAUGUCACAACCGAAUUUCUUAUCCAUUGUUACGAAAAAUCGUGCGGCGUUGAGUUGGUCAGUGUUGACGUACGCAAUUCCACAAACCGACAAGCUGUGGUCCUUCACACCGAUCUGUCCAUCAGCGUAAACUUGGGAACCACCUUCGAAGAUAUCAGUAAAAGAACGCUAAACGUGACGGAUGAGAUCCAAUUAGAAAUUAGUUACAUUUCGGUUUUCGUUUCUGAAAAUUGCGGUAAACUUUUAACCGCAGGAAACUUUUUUGUACGCCAUUACGUGGAGAUCACAUGUGGAGUGGGAGUUUUAGUAAUAGCCGCGUGCCUCACCUUCUUUAUUCUUAGGAAAAUUCAAAGAAGAAAGAAGAAUAGUUUUGAUACUAUGAUGUAGUUAAAUUUAAUGAAGGUUAUUUAUUCAUUUUUGUAUAGUUUUAUGAGAACUUUUCAAAAUAAUUCCGUUUUACUUGUCUUUUUGCUUCUCCAAAAGGACGGAAUUUUUUUAAAUAAAUUACCAGUAGGAAGAAA